UUGACUUUGAUCCUGACACCUACCGGCCCUCGUGGUUUUGUUUACCGGCCGGCUCCCACGAGAAAAGAAAGAUCGUAGCCGUCCGACGGAGAGUGUCAUAUCAUAAUAAUUUAUUAUAUUUAUUAUAAUAUUUCCCUUCGAUGGAUGUGGCCAAAUAGAAAGUCUCUCGUUUUCUGUCGAAUCGAGAUGGAUGAAAUUUUCUCCUGGUGCCUCACCACCCCCUACACACUGGACAUUCACAGGAAUCUCAAGGAGCGAGAACUGUUUGGGAGGAAUAUUAAAUUCCAGAGUCCUCAGGAAUUUGCGAUUGCAGCUACUUCAUAGGCCAAAGUUAGUUGAUUGGUUAAAAACAGUAUCCGAAAAGUUAAAGCUAUCGCAAGUAACAUUACAUUUGGGCAUAUUCCUCCUUGAUAAAUUUAUGGACAAACAUAACAUACUGAACAGUCGACUUGUACCUGCAGCAGUCGUCUGCUUGAUAUUAGCUGCAAAAUUCGAAGAGGAGGACGUCCAGGUCCCUAAAUUCACCGACAUCCCUUCUGUUCUUAACAUCACAUCGACUCCAUCCGAGCUCAUCCACCUCGAGGCGUUUGUCCUCCAGUCGCUUUCGUGGAACAUCUCUUGGCCGACUGUGGCACAUUUUGCAGAAUUCUAUUCCGUCUUUGCUGUGGUCAAAGGCGAUCGGGACCCAACUCACAAAAGUUCGAAAAACCUGACAGACGCGGUGAGGAGGACGAUGAGAGAAUUCAUCGACCUCUCAUUGUCAGUUUUAUCAUCAGAAGUAGGAAUGUUAAAAUAUCUCGCUUCACAAGUAGCGGCUGCUUGCUUGUUAGCUGCUAGGCUUGAUCACGGUAUUAGGCCUGCCUGGCCUGAUGUGAUGGUGGCUCUCACUGGCUAUAGUGCAAAUAACCUUAGAUCCUGUUUAGCCCUACUUACAGAUAUUGACAUAAAUUAUCCCAGGAAAAGAAAGUCAGAAGUUAAUAAUGAGUCUGGCUAUGAAUCUGGAAGCCCAGAGUGCAAAGUUUCUUACAAAUUACAAAGAAGGGAAUGAUUUUUAUUUAUUUAGUUUUCCAAUUAAGCAUGUAAGUAUCAUGUAAGAGAUUGUUGUAAAACGUGGUAAACAGUAUAAAUUUAUAUUAUAUAAAAACCACAUUGCAUAAAUAAAUUUCUAAUUGUUAAAAAUUGGAAAGAAAAAUAAAU